AUGUCCAAACAUAAUUAUACAAAUCCGGCAUUUUGCCAGAACAGUGAGUUCUAUCCGGCGGCGUGUGUGGAGUCCAUCUACAAUCGCAGCUUGCAGCUUAGUUACAAUGCCAUAAGUCAAAGUGCUGCGCUGAAUGCAACGCUGCCAGUGCGAGAUCCGCGCGAGGGGCCGCUGCGCAUGCAGCGUAGCAUGUCGACGCGUUCGGUGACGCGUAAACAGCAACAGCAGCUGCAACAGCGACAGCAGCAACAGCAGCAGCAGCAGCAGUCAGCUCGCUAUGCUUUGGUGCCGCUGGAGGAGCUGGGACAGUCGGCAAGUCGUUAUGCUAUAGUGCCAGGUCAAGCGGCGCAGCGUUUGGCGCGCUCGCAGGAGCAUUUGGAUCGCUAUGAGUCGCAGCAGGAGCUGCAGGAGGAGCCGCAUUCGUUUCACGAGGAGCCGCAGCAGCAGCAGGAGACGCAGUUUGCCAGCUUGCCGCCCAUGCUGAAUGCAAAGCCGGCGCCAAAGAUUAAACACGCGUUCAGCAGCGACUUUGGCAGCAAAACUUUUCUCAUCGUGGACAAGAACAGCAAUCAGCGCUAUCAAAUGGUGCCCACAGCUGAGGACGAGGAGCUGGUGGAUGAGAAUCAGGAGAUUAUACAAAUGCACAAUGGACGCGCGCAUCGCUAUGCGGUGGUACCCACCGAAGCGGAUGAGGAUGAGGAUGAGCAGCUGCAGCAGCAGCAACAAGAGACUUGUCUAAGUCACACUGAGCUCAAUCAGCAUUACAGUCUGCGCACUUCGACGCCGCAGCAGCAGCAGCAGCGCAAUGCAGCAGCUGCCACACGCGCGUUGCACGAACUGCUGGCAACACCUAGAAAAAUGCAACCACCCCCGCGUUUGGCGCACUCGACGCCACGCAAUGCAGCGCAUCAGCAGCAGCUGCAGCAGGAGCGACGUCUGCAGCUUUAUCAGAGCCAGCAGCACAUUGCGCAGUUGACUGCAGCAGCAGCAGCAGCGCUGCCUCAGCGUCAACAGCUGCGCGCAUCGCCGCAGCGCAGUUUGCACUAUGAAGCGGUCAGACCAGCGCCGCCGCCGCCGCCUGCUGCAGCUGAUCGCAGCAUGGCCGUCAUUAGUCCACGCGUCCAGCAGCAGCAGCAGCUGGACAAGUCCACUGAGAGCAACAACAAUCAACCCAUCAACAGUUCGUUUCCACAGAAGUUGGCCAAUGCCACCAUUACUCUGGCCAUAGUGUCGCUUAUGCUGGUGCUGGGCAGCACCAUGAACGCUGGACUCAUCAUCUAUAUGAUAGCGCAUUUUGGCAAAUCCUUUUACCUGCAAUUCGGUUUGGUUGCCUCUUUCUGUGGCGUCGGCUUGGGCUUUCUUGGCUUUCGCUCGCGCCACUGCGAGUGGCUGCCCAAUCGCAGCUACACCUCGGGCUACAUCUUGGUCACCAUUUUCUGCCUCUUCAAGUGCUGCGGCCUGCUGCUUAUACUCGUGCUGGAUCCGUUUCCGGGACUGCCGCUGCACGAUGUCACCACCGGCGUCAUUUUGGGCCUUUCCACCUUCACCAUGUUCUUCAUUGGCCUGGGCGUCAUCGGCAGUCUCUGGUGCUAUCGCCCGCCGCCCGACAACCGCGUCAAUGUGGUCUAAGCUCUCUGUUGCAUUCUAGUUUAGUUUAAGCCACACAUCAUUAGACUAAGUUUGUGUUAUUUACGGCUAAGAGACCAAAAAGGAUUAAGGCGCGCAAAGUUUUUCGCGCAGAACUUUGUCGAGACAAGACUGUAAAUACUUUUCGUACGUUGGUUAUGACUACAAGGGUUGUAAAUCGAUUUA